AUGAGACCUUUCUGGAGAAAAUUGUUGAGACGGUUCUUAUGGCUGGUUUCUAUAUUUUGGAGGGUGCUAUUUAUAUAUUUGCCCGUCUUUUACAAGGAUGGCUUUUUCAUAGCUUUUUGCCUCGGUGAGGCCGCUGCCGGGCAAGCCCGGGGCGCCGCCGAGGAAGGUGGCGGCGGGGCCCUGGCUGCCCUGCAUCUUCUGCGGGGCCGCGUUUCUCCGGGGCGGCGGCCCUGGACGGAGAGGUGUCACCGGCCCUGCGGCAGGCGGUGGCGCGGGCGUGGGCCGGCGAUCCUGGCCGUGUGGACGGCGGGUGAACCGGAGGACGGGGGCCUUGGUGCUGCGGCUGUUGUGGCUGUCGGCAGCGCCAGAUCUGGCCGCCUCUGCCUCCCCUGUUCGACGAGCUCCGCCCCGGCUGGAUCUGGCCUGUUUCUUGCGAGCCGCCGGAUCUUGCACCCUUGGGGUAAGGGAGGCGGGGAUUCGAAGACCGGAAGAAAUCCCAAAUUGGCCUUGGCGGUUUUGGCGGCGGCGACGCUCGAGGGCGCCGUUCCCCUCCUUGGAGGCGCCGUUCAGGUGGGCUUGGGCUCCUCGGCGAGUGGGUGUGCAGUGGCGGAGGUAGCUGGUGCCCUUGUCCCACUUGCUACUGCUCUUCUCCGUCCGUUCCGGCAUCUCUUCCUCGACGGUGUCCAGUUCGUGGGUUUUGGUGGUGCUCUGCUCCAGGUGAGCACCCCGUGGCCAGUCGGGUGUGCUCGGUUCCUUUCCAGUUGCAGCCUGCCGGUGCCCUUCCUCACAGGUUCUAGGGUGAACUUCUUCACUGUCAACGGUUCGAUGCCUUCGAGCCAGGCGAGGAGGCAGGGGCCUUCUUUGGCAGUGGAGCUGGGAGGACAUGGCAUGUCGGGGCCGCUGGUGAUCUGGCGACGGCAUGCCCUGCCUCGCCGUCGGAAGUGCUGCUCCUGUGCUGACAUUAUCCUCCCCUCGUGACCUGUACGCGUUUGAGGACCUACACAUCUCCGAGCUGCGUGUCUCCAUGUAGGAUCUUUUUUAGCUUGGUGUGUGUGAGGCUUGUGAGCUGCUUUCCAGCGCCUCUGUAUGCUGUCGUUUUUAUGUUUUCUUGUAUUGAUUUCGAGUUUAUUAUCCUGGCCGGUUGAUGGCUUUGUUAAUUCAAAGCCGGGCUCUUCUUGAGCCUUCGUUCCAAAAAAAGCUUUUUGCCUCGGUUCCUCAGUGAUUGCCUGCUAGAUGUGAUAUGUGAUGACCAUUCAGAAAUGCCUGGGUCUAUCUUUUAGGAUGGUUGUUCGGCUUCCAAGGAGCUUAGAUUUGUUUGUGAUACGAGCAUUUUUGUAUUUCGCUCGGUGGUUAGUUCUCUCGUUGUAGAUGUCUGGUGCAGUUAGCAUGCUUUCACAAAUGAAUGACAAGGAAAAGAACUAGACUGUCUAUGUCUUGAUUUCACGCAUGUGACACUUUCGUAGGGGUACGGACGAACGCCCUAUUAUGCAUACUAACUUGGUCGUGCUUUAUCAGGAGGUUGGCAGGCGGGCGACCCGGGCGCCCAACCCUAGCCGCCGCCGAACCCAACCCCCACCUCCUUCCUCUCCUCCCGCCGCCGCCGGCGGGCGCCGCCGGGCAAAGCCCGCGCGGUGCUGCCGGCGGCGGGAUCUCGUUUGACCUCGCCUGGA